UGUUAAGUUCAAAGGCGGAGGAAAGGGGGAGUUUCACACCGAACUGGCGGAGAAGCGCGCAAACUUAGCCCGAGUUUUCAUGUGGACAUUUUUGACGCACCCGGGAAGGGAAGUGCACAGUCGCCAGAUUCCUUCCACUUGGACUCUCCACCUGGAGGAUUUUUGUUGGGAAUUACAUACAACAUCCGUGUCAUGAUUUAGAACCUCUCGCGGAGAUGUGACGUGGAUCCCAACUUUUUUUCUUCUUUCUAUUUUUCUCUUUUAGCGCAAGGCGUUCGUUUAUCUGGAUAUACAACUGAUUUUUAAUUUGUUCCUGUCAGAAAAGAUGAAUAGCAUCAGCAGCUGCGGGAUUUUUCUACUUUUAGUGUAUUUUUGGGUGUAGUCAACGCAUUUGUGCGCAGGAGAAGCAUCUCAAACUUUUUUUUUUUUUAAUUUAUUACGUGCCGACUGAACAUCGUUACUCUCUCCUUGUUUAUACCUGAAAUUAAUACAUCAAUUCAACUUCAAAUGCGCUAAAAGUUGCGCUAAAUUUUGGACUUGGAUCGGGCGAGUAUUUAGCGUCAUCUCGGCACAAUGGUGCGGCUUUUAACUCUCAUUUUGGCGCUAACGUGUCUGCUGAUUUGCUUAUGCGAGGCCGACAGGCACAGCGGUCGAAUACGGGGGCAGUUACGCCGGCGACCCAGACUGGGACGACCGCAGGAGGGCACAGAGGGCAGGGGGCGCCAACUUUCACGUGCGCGAACUUGGCGUCCCGGAUUCGCUUCUGCCGUAUCCGUGCACAGUGACAAAGAGAGUCAUGGUUUACAGGCAGAUGAGGGAACAAGGACGAAAAAUAGAAGAGGAUGGCUGGCCAGGAGAGGGGUUCGGGGACGCCCCCAGAGAGGGAUGCUGCAAGAUGAAGGCGCUCCCCGAGCUCGGGCCAGGGUGACGCGGAUGCCCAGCAGCGCCGGCUCACCCAACCUGCUGGCCAGUUUCGCAGGGAAAAACCGAGUCCUGGUGAUCUCGGCGCCUCACGAUUCCGACGGCUACUACCGCCUCAUGAUGUCCUUGCUUAAAUCCGAUGUGUACUGCGAGCUGGCCGAGAGGCACGUCCAGCAGAUCGUCAUGUUCCACCAGGAGGGCGAGAUGGGGGGCAAGGUGCGGAGGAUCACCACCGAGGGCAAAGUGAUGGAAGAGCCGCUAGACACCGCCCUCAUUCCGAGACUGAUGAGCUUCCUCAAACUGGAGAAAGGUAAAUUUGGGAUGGUGCUGCUGAAAAAGACCCUGCAGGUGGAAGAGAGGUACCCCUACCCUGUGAGACUGGAGGCCAUGUAUGAGGUGAUUGACCAGUCGCCCAUGAGGAGACUGGAGAAGAUUCGCCAAAAAGGCUUUGUCCAAAAGUGCAAAGGAGCUGGCGUUGAGGGUCAAGUGGAGGAAGGCACACUGACUGUCAGCACACCUGUGGAAGGAAAACCGGCAAAGAAAAUCCUAAGAAAGCCUACAACGACGACAUCGGCGACAACCACAACUACAACAACAACUACUCGGCCAACGACAACCAGGCCAACGACGACUACCACGACAACAAAAGCUACAACCACCACAACAACUAAAGCCACCACAACCACCACAACAACAAAGGCCACCACAACCGCACGUAGAACCGCCAGCAAGCGAACCACCACUACCCUGACGCCGACCAAAGCCCACACCCAGACGGUGCUGCUUCCUGCUCCCAGAACCACGCAGGAUCCAUACUAUUACAACAAAAGGGAGAAGGACCACUACCCGGCCAAAACCACCCCGUCUGGAGACCACCACACAGACAAGGACGACAAUGAUCCACGCGUCCACAAGCUGGUACCCGUCACGAGGAAACCGUCCAAGAUUAAACCCUCCAGGAAAAAGAACGGAGGGGAAAAGAUGCUAACAAAUGAAUAUGAGGACAAGUACGAGGCCGGCAAGCCCACCGUCACGUAUCCCGAGGAGUCCGACGGGUUUGCCGACGUCACACCGACCAGGAAGGUGAAGGCCAAGCAUGAGAAGAAGAGGAAAAAUGAAAAGUUGGCAAAGAAGGCUGAGAGGAGGGGAGGUAAAGGCGGAGGAAAGAAGAACGGAAAGAAACUGUCAAAGUACCCGGAAAAGGAGGACUACCCGAAGCCUACCAAGAAGCCCACGCCGCCUCCCAAGGGAUCGCUGUCCUCCUUCUUGGACUACUUCGAGAAUCGUAGGCGAUUGCUGCUGGUGACAUCACCCAGCGAGGAGAACAAGAUGUAUGCCCAGCAGAGGGACGAAUACUUGGAGUCCGUGUGCGAGAUGGCCAUUCGGAAAGUCUCCAUCAUCACCAUCUUUGGCUCACUCACCAACUCCACCAUGAAAAUCGACCACUAUCAGUUGGAGAACGACAAGCCCAUGAAGGGACUUCGUCAGGAGGACCUGGUGAACCAAGAUCUGAUCACCGAGUUGAGGAAAGAGUUCAGUAUGGUCCACGACGACUUCCACAUGGUCCUUACUGACACAGACAUGAGAGUCAAGCAAUCCUACGAGGUUCCCAUUGCCAUGAAAGCCGUGUUCAACUACAUCGACACGUUCUCCUCGCGCAUCCGAGAAAUGGAGCAGCAGAAGCGUGACGGCGUCGUUUGCAAGAAAGAGGACAAGCCCAGAUCGUUGGAAAACUUCCUCUCGAGGUUCCGUUGGAGGCGACGUCUCUUCAUCAUCUCCACCCCCAACGAUGAGGAGUGGGCGUAUCAGCAGCAGCUGUAUGGCUUGGGCAGUCAAGCCUGCAACCUUGGAUUAAGGCACAUCUCCAUUUUAAAGCUGGUCGGGACAGAACUGUCGGAUAUGGGCGGAGUCUUGGAACUUUAUCCAUUUAAUGGGAGCGCUACAGUGGAGCGCGAAGGCCUCUCAGCCAACCUGGUCAAAGACAUGAGGAACUACUUCCAGAUCAGCCCAGAGUACUUCUCCAUGCUGCUGGUGGGUAAGGACGGCAACGUCAAGUCCUGGUACCCCUCGCCCAUGUGGUCCAUGGCCAUCAUUUACGACCUGGUGGAUUCCAUGCAACUGCGCCGGCAGGAAAUGGCCAUCCAGCAGUCGCUCGGUAUGCGCUGCCCCGAGGACGAGUACGGUGGCUACGGCUACCACCAGCACGGAUAUCAGGACGGGUAUCACCAGGGUUACGGUUACUAGAGCAGGGGUGUCAAAUGUACAGGCCGGUAGCGGCCCGCCAGGGGUCCCAUCCGGUUGUUCUGCUUGCCGGGGGCACGAUGUAGCUCAUUCAUAUUGUACAUACAAAAACACAUGCUUUUAUUUUGUCAUUACUUGUGUGAUCAAGGGCAUGCCUUCACUGCACUUGGCUCAAAUUCGUGUCCGUAGUUUCAUUUGUUCAUUCGCCCUCCUUGGACGUCAAUGGCAGCCAGUGAGUUAACUUAUUUAGCCCAAAAUGAACUAAUCCAAGAUCUAAUUUCCAUAAAUGUGUAAUGAGUUUGACACCCCUGUACAAGACGUUUUCUUCACGAUUGCGUUGGUGCUUGUUGCGCACAAGCAAGCGCCUCUUCUGUUUGACAUUAGCGGUCUUCUAAUUUUGCCUUUCCGACUGAGCAGAUGAGAUCAUCGGGCACUAAGUGGAGGCCUGGAAAUGAUAGCUUUCACCUAGCCACUUCCUCCAAAUAUAGCCCAGUUCGGCGCCACUUAAUGCUAAUUUGCAGGAGGCUCUUCUAUCUAAUUGCAGCCAAUAAAAGCAGAGAUGAGCCUAGCGGGAAAUGUAUUUUAAACUCCAAACAUUUCACAUUAUCGACUCUUUACGUCAAGGGCGUAGGUUUGGUCUCACCAUAGGUAGGGAUGAUAUAACCUGCAUGUACUUUUUGCUCAGGACGGGAUAUUAAUAAGACCAAACAGAUUAUUGAACGGGGGUCAGGGCAACAUUUCUCACAAAUAUGAAACUAAUUCAUUGAUAGGCUAAAUGAUCAAUGCAACAUACAGUGCUGGGUAAAAGUAUUGGAACCCCUGCAAUUCUGUCGGAUAAUGCUCAGUUUCUCCCAGAAAAUGAUUGCUAUUACAAAUGCUUUGGGAGUAAUACCUUCAUUUAUGUUGCUUGCAAUGAAAAAACACAAAAGAGUUUGGGGGGGGGGGAAUCAUUAUCAUUUUACUAGGGCUGUCAAAAUUUUCGCGUUAACAGGCGGUAAUUAAUUUUUUUAAUUAAUCACGUUAAAAUAUUUGACGCAAUUAACGCACAUGCCCCACUCAAACAGAUUAAAAUGUACAGUACAGUGUAACGUCCGCUUGUUACUAGUUUUUUUUUUUUUUGUAUUUGGCGCCCUCUGCUGGCGCUUGGGUCCAACUGAUUUUAUUUUACAAUGAGUGAGCAUGGUGUAAUUAUUGACAUCAACAAUGGCGAGCCACUAGUUUUUUGAUUGAAAAUUUUUCAAAUUUUAAUAAAACAAAAACAUCAAGAGGGGUUUUAAUAUAAAAUUUCAAUAACUUGUACUAACAUUUAUCUUUUAAGAACUACGUCUUUCUAUCCAUGGAUUUGACCCCCUCAGAAUGCUUCAAAACUCACCAAACUCAACAGCCAGGUGAACACCGGUAAAGACUUUGAUUAAAAAAAAAAAAAAAAUUAAUGCAUAAAUGUGUGUAGCGCCCCCUAAGAACAAAACUAACAUUUCAUUUCAUUUUUUUAAGGCGAAAGAGGAGGUAACAACGCAAAGGUUAAAACUUAGAAUUAGGGCUGUCAAAAUUAUCGCGUUAAAGGGCGGUAAUUAAUUUUUUAAAUUAAUCACGUUAAAAUAUUUCACGCAAUUAACGCACAUGCCCCGUUCAAACAGAUUAAAAUGACAGCACAGUGACAUAUCCACUUGUUACUUGUGUUUUUUGUCUCCCUCUGCUGGCGCUUUGGUGCGACUGAAUUUAUGGGUUUAAGCACAUUGAGCAUUGUGUAAUUACUGACAUCAACAGUGGUGAGCUACUAGUUUAUUUUUUGAUUUUGAUGACUUUGAUUUUAAGAACUACAAGUCUGUCUAUCCAUGGAUCGCUUUAAGAGAAUGUUAAUAAUUUUAAUGCCAUCUUGUUGAUUUAUUGUUAUAGUAAACAAAUACAGUACUUAUGUGCCGUAUGUUGAAUGUAUAUAUCCGUCUUGUGUCUUAUCUUUCCAUUCAAACAACAAUUUACAGAAAAAUAUGGCAUAUUUUAUAGAUGGUUUGAAUUGAGAUUAAUUAUGAUCAUUUUUAAGCUGUAAUUGACUCGAUUAAAAAUUUUAAUUGUUUGACAGCCCUACAUUUUACACAAAAUCAGGUCGGACAAAAGUAUUGGCACCAUCAACCUAAUACUUGGUAGCACAACCUUUAGACAAAAUAACUGCAAACAACCGCUUCCGGUAUCCAUCAACGGGUUUCUUACAAUGCUCUACUGGAAUUUUACAUUAUUCUACAAUUCUACAUUAUGCUGCAAAAUUUGUUGGUAGUCUUCAUAAUGCCAUGCACAGGGUCAAGCAGUCCAGUGCCAGAGGUAGCAAAGCAACCCCAAAACAUCAGGGAAACUCUGCCAUGUUUGACUGUGGGGACCGUGUUCUUUUCUUUGAAGGCAUGUUUUGUUUUUUGUUUUCCUGUUGAUGCAUUUUCUCAAAAAGCUCAACUUUUCUCUCAUUUGACCAUAGAACAUUCUUCCAAAACGUUUUAGGCUUUCUCAGGUAAGUUUUGGCAAACUCCAGCCUGGCUUUUUUAUGUCUCUGGGUCAGAAGUGGGGUCUUCCUGGAUAGAGUCCCUUUUCAUUCAGACACUGAGGGAUAGUGCGGGUUGACACUUUUGUACCCUCGAACUGCAGACCAGCUUGAACUUGUUUGGAUGUUUGCUGAGUUUCUUUAUCCACCCUCCGUACAAUCUUUCAUUUAAAUCUCUCGUCAAUUUUUCCAUUUCGUCCAUAGCUAGGGAGGUUAGCCACAGUGCCGUGGGCUUUACACUUACUAAUGACACCGUGCACAGUAGACACAGGAACAUUCAGGUCUUUGGAGAUGGAAUUGUAGCCUUGAGAUUGCCCAUGCUUCCUCACAAUAUUGCUUCUCAAGUCCUCACACAGUUCUUUGGUCUUCUUUCCUUCUUCCAUGCUCAAUGUGGUACACACAAGGACACAGGACAGAGGUUGAGUCAACUUUAAUCCAUUUUAACUGGCUGCAAGUGUGAUUUAGUUAUUGGCACAGGUAAGUAAGAGGUGCUGUUAUUUACACAAAUUAGAAAAGCAUCACAUGAUUUUUCAAAGGGUGCCAAUACUUUUGUCCAGCCCAUUUUUGGAGUUUUGUGUAAAAUGAUGAAUUUUUUGCCAUUCUCUUUUGUGUUUUUUAAUUGCAAGCAAAAUAAAUGAAGAUAUUACUACCAAAGCAUUUGUAAUCGCAAUCAGUUUAUGGGAGAAAUUGAGCAUUAUCUGACAGAAUUGCAGGGGUGCCAAUACUUUCGGCCAGCACUGUAUUGUAAUAUAAAAGUGAUUUGGGGAAAAAAAUGAAAUCUUAGAUAUCCAAGGAGCGAUCUACAUCUGAUGCAUACUAUAUUACCCCAAGACCUGAACCAAAGUACUCUCAUGAAAUUCUGAUGCUAGCUUGACUUGGUUGUGGAGGUUGGCCUGACUGUAGUAGUUUUACAAGUUAGCAAGUUCACACAGUUUAAUGUUAUACUAACCCUGAUGCAGGUCGGACUUUCAUUUGCAAAAUUAGUGGUGUUUCCCCCACGUCCACAACAUUGGCGUCUUUUUACAGUACUUACAGUGGCUGCUGCUGGCUGGCUGGAAAAAAACUUCUAAUAUCCCUCCUCUUCAAAGGGGGCUUACGGUCGACGCUGCCGAGCCAGGCCUACCUCCCUACCGUCCCUAUGCAAACCUACGCCCUUGGUUUCCGUAUAACCGAAUCCUGCUCAAAUGAAUUGACUUCUGUUACAUUCCUGGUAGCUGAUGUUUCCGCAGCUGAGGUUGCAUUUUAUUUAUACUCAAUUGUGCCUUAAGUUUUUUUUUGUUUUGUUUUGAUGGUUUGUAUGCUUGUUGUUUCUCAAUACUAGUGUUGCACCGAUACUGAUACUAGUGAUGUUACCAAAAACGCAUGAAAGAGGAAAUUUUACAGUAAAACAACACGCAGAUAUGAAAAGAUUCGUUCGUUCGUUGCCAUCCCUCCCACUUCACAUGGAUUGGACAUCUAUGGCAUCAAUGCCAACCAAUUAGUAUCAUUUUGGGGCAUUUCAGGUCAUUUACCGUAGAUUUUCAGUCACUUCCUAUUGAUUUGUGGGCAUUUAUGGGUCAUUUCCUGUUGAUUUUGGGCAUUUAUGUGACCUGGGAAUCUCUCAGUGACUCAAACUCAACAGGAAGUGACCUGCAAAUGCCCCAAAAUUGGAUUGGACCUCUAUGCGGUCAACGCCAACAAGUGAGUUUAAUCGGGAAUCUCUCAGUGAUUCGAACGCCACCAGAAUUGACCUGUAAAUGUCUCGAAAAUCGGAAAGAUUAGCUGCGAAAGUUGUGGUUUCAAAUGAGCGUUCCUCCCAGUCCAAAUGGAUUAAGUGUCAUGCAAUUUUGGGAAAGCAAAUAAUUUGCCCUUUAAAAUGACAUCAGUAUCGGGGAGUACUAAGAAAUAAUGUGCCAAUGUUGCUCAACAUCUGGUUUCCAAUCGCCAGUCGCCCUACCCAAGAUGGCUGCCAGCUACGCAUUUAGAAUUACAAGUGUUCGAUAAGCCACAGCUAGGUAUCAGAAUCGGUAGCCAAAAAAAUGGUAUCGGUGCAACACUAUCUGAUAAGUGACAUGACUGUAAUAUUAAAUAUUACAGAAUGCUCCUUUAUGUGAAUAUUUGAAAAUUUGUAAUUGAAAAAAAAUAAUACAUUCAAUAAAAUUUCUAAUAAAAAUACUGUUGUGCAAUUCGUUGACAAAAACAGGAGCAGAGGAGCAUUUAAUCAUCGUAACUAGAUGAACAAAAACAUUUUGCUGUCGUCAUAAAAUAAUUUCAAAACCCUUGAGAAAAAGAGGAAAGCACAACCAUUUGUAGGUUUCAUUUUGAUGAGCUUUGGAGAGGAAAAGAAAAUCAACAGAGCAU